GUAGUGAUGGAGCAGCAGCAUCCCCGUCGCAGCCUAGGAGUUCCGCGCCAUGCAUCUUCUGAUGUUCAGUUUCAGUUACAGGAAGAAGCCAUUGAAUUGAACGUUUGAUCAGAAACACCAGUAGGAGAAAGCUAUGUUAUUGCAGGAUCACCCUUGGCUAUCAUUUCUGCUGCUACAGGCCAGCAAGGACAAGCAGGGAGCAAGCAUUGAUACAGACUCUUAGGUUCUAAGUUUGGAGCAAACUGUUUACCCAUCUGGUUCUAUGCUACAUCCUUUGAUCAGAAUUAACUUCACAGCAACAAGGAAAAAGCCAUUUUGUUGUCUGCAGAGUAAAAUUAGUGUGCAUAUUUACGCGAGCUCAUAGACUAAUCACCUUGCCACUGAUGUUUCAGGGAAAAAAUGGUUCCAGCUAAAAGCUCUGCAUUUUGGAAAACAAGACCAAAGCAAAACCAUUCCAAUGCUUAGAGCACUAAGCUAAAUUGGAAAAAGAUCAGUAGGACAACCAUUCCAAAGACUUUACAUUCAGCACUACCUGUGCCGGAAGAUAUAAUAGGCACUAGGCUCUCUCUACACAAGUAGCCUCCUGUUGCCAAGAUGCGCGUGAUCGAGGACAAGGGUGGCGCCAUCGCUGUGAUGCUGGUGUCCCUCUUCUUCAUCGGCACCUUCCCGGCCAUCAUGACUCUCCUGGAGCGCAGAGGCCGGCUUCCCCAGCACACGUACCUCGACUACUCCGUCACCAACCUGCGCGCCGCUGUCCUCAUCGCCGUCACCCUUGGCCAGGCCGGAGAGGCCAGACCUGGCAUGCCAAACUUCUUCGCCCAGCUCACCCAGAUUCAUGAUAACUGGCCCUCAGUGCUAUUCGCAAUGGCUGGCGGGCUCGCCCUCGGCCUGGGAAACCUGGUAUCGCAGUACGCAUGGGCGUUUGCCGGCUUGUCAGUGACCAACAUCAUCUGCUCCAGCGUGACUGUUGUUAUAGGCACAACCAUGAACUAUUUUCUGGAUGGGCGUAUAAAUCGAGCCGAGAUCCUCUUCCCCGGCGUAGCGUGCUUCCUCGUCGCAGUCUUCCUCGGUGCUGCAGUCCAUUCUUCUAAUGCCAAGGAUGACGAGCAGAAGCUAAGCACGGUGGAGAGGAGAGGCGUCGUCGAACUGAGCAGCGAUUUUGCUGGCAAAGCUAUAGUGUUACCGGAUCCUGAACAACCGGAGAACGGAGGCGGUGGCGACGAUUGCGAUGCUGUUGGCCAAGCAAAACCUGGUACAGCUGAGUUCAUUAUCCAGGUUGAGAAGAAGCGAUCGAUAAAGGUGUUUGGCUCCGACAAGCACAAGCUGCUGGGGCUCGGCCUGGUCUUCUUCGCCGGCGCCUGCUUCUCCCUCUUCGCCCCGGCGAUCAACCUGGCCACCAACGACCAGUGGCACGCCCUGAGGCGCGGCGCGCCGCACCUGGUCGUCUACACCGCCUUCUUCCACUUCUCGCUGUCCGCUUUCGCGCUCGGCUUCGGCCUCAACCUCUGGUUCCUGUACCGGCCGAUGGCCGGCGUGCCGGCCUCCACCGUGGGAGCCUACGCCGGGGACUGGAACGGCAGGCCCUGGGCACUCCUGGCACGGCUGCUCUGCGGGUUUGGGAACGGGUUCCAGUUCAUGGGCGGCCAGGCUGCUGGGUACGCUGCUGCUGAUGCAGUCCAGGCGCUGCCGCUGGUCAGCACGGUCUGGGCGGUCAUCUUCUUCGGGGAGUACCGGAGGUCUUCGAGGAAGACGUACCUGCUGCUGGCGGCCAUGCUGUCGAUGUUCGCGGUGGCUGUUGCAGUUCUAAUGGCUUCAGCGGGGCGUAGGAAAUCUUGACACCCAAUGUCUUUGCUAAGUGUCCAGUUAAUGUAACCUGCAACUGAUGAUGCGACUAUACGAGGGACGACGCAAGUCCUUGUGAGCAAUUAUUUUUGACGAGG